CAUCGUGAACCAUAGCGCACCGGGCGGAAAAGCAAUAACAGGUAAGAUGCGGCCUUGGACUGUUCUCAGGUCUUCUCUCUGAUUCUACGAAUUCGCAUCGAAAUUACGGAAAGUGAUUUCGUGGGGAAAUUUCCCGCGCGUUGACCUUGACUUGUUGUUAAUUAAAUAAACAAGUCACUUGAUCGAAGCGCAGUCGUAAAGUAAAAAAAUAUGGCCGCGACGGUGGAAACUGUGCUACCUGAGGAGAGCGAGUUAACCGUUCCAGAGCUGAACGUCAGCUGGCCGGUCCUGCAAACCGCUUCUGUGUACAUCGGCAAGGCUUGCGAGUGGUACAACAAUGAAUUUAUGUUGUGCAGACAUGAGGAGAGAGAUCCGCGCCGUUGUCUCAACGAGGGAAAAGCCGUGACCGCCUGCGCGUUAGAUGUUCUCAAGAAAAUGAAGAAAAACUGCUUCGAAGAUUUUAACGCGUACAUGUACUGCCUUGAGAGAUCAUCCGGAACGCUCGAAUUUUCUCCAUGCCGAAAGACACAAGCAGCUCUGGAUCAAUGCGUUCGUGAGAAAAUGAACAUAGAACGUCCACCGUUUGGAUAUUUCUGCGAGGCUAAAGUUCAUGAUACAUCCAGACCUCGGCCGUCGAAAGACGAGUCUAUAACGUAUCCAGAUUACACUCCUGGUCUGUCGCCUGACGAACCACGCGAAAAGUCGAAAUAUCACAAUCGCUUGUGGUUUAAAUCGUAAGCUGCCGCAACGAUUCGACAGCCGCCGCUGCAAAUGUUGUGUUUACCAAAUUCCACAGAUCGUAUCAGGUAAUAACUAGACAAUUAUAGGGAAUCAAGUGUAUACGUGUAUGUAAUACAUGUGUGCAAUUUGCAGUGUGCUUCUCAACAUUGUAGAAACAUUCGUUUCGUAUGAAAAAUGUAUAGAACUGCAUUGUACAUGUAUUGUGAAUAUAAAUUUAUGAACAACAAAAUGAAACACGAAUGAUUUCAUUAAUUAUUGUUGUUACACCUUAUACAUGUGUAUAUAAAUACAAAGGUUUAUAAAGUGUAA